AAUGGUGCUGGUGAUGAAGAUGACGAAGAAGAUGAAGAAUCAGAAGAUGAAGAGGAGUAUGGCCUCGAAGUACUACAGCGGAGCGGUGAGCUUGAAGAUGACGAUGAGGAGUACUACGCUCCAGCAGAAGACGAAGAGAAUGAACUGGAUGAUUACGACGAUUUGGAUGAUGACGAGGAUGAUGUUGAGGAAGAUGACGGAGCAAAUCUGUCUGGUGCAGAUGUUACUGGUCCCCGACGUCCAGCUGCCAAACGGCGCCACGAGACAGCUGAGGAGGCCGACGACCAACCAGUAGCAAAGCACAAGGUCCCCGCGGAGGAAGAAAAAGAAGAGCCCUCAGUGAAAAACGGAUCGACCAAGGAUAACUAG